CUCUUUUCCUCAAUUAUUCACAAUGAGCGCAUCCGAUCACGAGAGUAGACACCAUACGCUUCAAGAAGCCAUCUCCUUACACCCAUUCCCUGAUUUGCCCUUCAUCCCAGAAUACCGCUCGGCGCGCCAACUUCACUUGGAUGGACAGCGACAUUUGCUGCCCCAGCCUGAACCAACCCCCUCCGUAACUGAAGAUGACAUUUUCAUCAAAGCUCGAGAUGGGUAUGACAUUCGCACAAAAUGCUACCGACCUGCCUCGUCAGUCACAGAAUCACUCAACAACUCUCAUGGCGGAAAGCAAAGACCCUUGAUUGUCUUGUUCCACGAAGGUGGAUGGGUCAUGGGCAACAGCACGGAUGAGGACUCCAACGCCAGGACGUUUGCAAAAGAGCUAGGAGCGGUUUGUCUCAAUCCAGAAUACAGAUUGGCGCCUGAAAACCCAUUUCCAACCGGCGUACUUGAUUGCUGGGACGUCUUGAAAUGGGCUGCGGCAAACGCUGACCAGCUGGGUGUUGACCUCGCCAAAGGCUUCAUUGUCGGUGGAUCAUCAGCCGGUUCAAACAUAGCGGCCGUGUUGGCACACCGAGCGGCGAGAGAGAAGCUGAAUCCCCCUUUGACCGGACAAUGGCUCUGCGUCCCCUAUCUCUUGCCACCAGAACUUGUCCCAAGCAAGUAUCAGGAGCGUUAUUCCAGCAUGUGGGCAAACCGUUCUGAUCCCGUCCUUGGGCCUUUACUUGACGGGCCAGAGACCAUGAAGACCAGCGGAUUUAUCCAUGACUUGGUCAAAGCCGAUGUGCUGUCGCCUUUGUUUUCACCAUUUGCCGAUGAAUGGUACCCACCACGAGAUGAUCAAGACACGACCCCAGCGCAUCGAACAUUGAUACCGAAAGCCUUCUUCCAAGUGGCUGGCCUAGAUCCGUUACGAGAUCAUGGCUUGAUUUACCGUACGGCUUUGGAAGAGGAGUGGAAGGUUGAGACGAGACUUAAUAUCUACGAAGGCUUUGGGCACAUGUUCUGGACGAAUUGGCCACAGCUUGAAAGGAGCCGUGAUUACUGGAAAGACAUGGUUGAGGGUAUCAGAUGGCUGUUGAAGGGUCAAUGAGAUCUUAGCUUACAAUUUGUCGUGGCCGUCUUUAUCAUCCUUUUUAAGGCUCAUUUAUUUCGCUACCGAUAUUGUCGUAUCGACUGCAUCUUUUAAGUGUAAUCAUGUUCGUCGGUCGUCUCAUCAUUUGGGUCGCGACCGAGGUAUUUGUGCCUACCUAGGUAGGUAGGCGUAGUAUGUUCUAGGCCCUCUAGUUAGGUACACAUGUCAC